AUGAUGCUCACUGUUAAGACAGUUUUGGUGCUUCUGUCUGCUGUGUUUUCAGACGGCUUUGUGUGGGAGAAGACGAAGACAAAAGGAAUAUCUCCACAGUCAAGUAAGUUGGAUUUUAAACUCUACCUAGGAAUUUCCAUUGUCGUGCAAUGGACUAUCUAUUAAGGAAAUGUAUUUGAUUCUCCCACACAGUUUUAACAUCACAAUUCUCAGUUCGUGUCUUUAAGACACGAACUUAAAGUAACUACGUUCCGACAAGAGCGAGACGAUGUCAGCUUAAAGUCCGUUAACUCUACUUUGAAGUAAAAGUACAUGUAUGCGGUGGGAUAUUAAAAAUGGCUUUCCUGUAUACGUAAGGGCCCAGUUCUGUUAGAAAAAACUGGGAGUGUAAGAUAUCACAACGGCGAAGACAACGAAAAGAUAACUAAAAAUUGAAUUCGCGUUCUUUAAAACUUCAAUGCCAUUAUCCCAUUUCGCUCACUUUGCCAAAUGAAUGCGACUCUACUCAAGUUGAAUUCCUAAGAAAAAUAGCCCAGUUCAAAACAGGAAAGAGAAAGUUGACGUUGUUUGUCUAAUAUGUUCUCGAUAAACUACGUAAAAUUAGGCAUUUCAAGUCGUAGUCGUGCAGUGCAUGACGGCAAAAAAAUGUACCGAAAAGUGUGUCGCACAUGCAAAGUUUUAUUUUUAUGAAACCUGUUGCUUUUUGACGGUUCUCGUUGCCGUCGCCAUAAUAAAAUUAUACAGCGGUUUAAAUGAAAUAAUCUGCGUACCUCAAGAUCCGUUUUUAAGAGCUCUUUAUUCAGACAUAGCAGUAUGCGUUCUUGUUUCUUUUCAUGGGAAGCAAUGUUUAGAUAUUACGCUAGGACAAGUUGAAACGGCUCAGAACUUAAAUUUGUAUUAAAAGAUAACCGGUCGAAGUUCUACUUUUUUUCAUCAUUAUUUAUUUAUUUUUUGUUUCUCUGUGAGCAGAUAUGGUCUGCCACGUCCGUAAAUUCAGUGUCAGACGAUAAUUUUCCUGUGGAUUAGGGUUUCAAUUAAGGCUAGAGAUCUUUAAUGAUAACUGUAAAAAAAAAUCAAAGAAUUGAAAAUGGAGAGAUUUAGGUCGCAAAUUGGAGAUGGAAAUUAUCAGGGUUAAGUUUUAAGUUUCUUAGGAGCAAUGUGUACAUGAAAGGAUGAUCAUAUGGGAGAGGGUAGAAACUGUUUUACAGCUAUACACACUACAUUUGAGUAAACGUCAACUAGACCCAGCUAUGUAAGACUUCAAUGACAGUAAUGCGGUCUAUUAGAUAGCACUUAGGAAUUGCUAGAAGAAUAGAAACCCCUAAGUCAACCUCAACGCCUACUUCCUGAUGCACUGUGUUAUAAAAUUAACAGAAUUAAUCUUGUCUUGGCAGGAUUUGAUAGAGUGCCUAGAAAACAAGUAACCGCCAAGAAAAUUGAACGGUUUUUUCUUCAAAGCGGAAGCCGAAGAAGACAUCGAAGAAGUCUCGACCAAACCAAAUAUGACGUUGUUCUUGUGUUUGACGCUUCUAAUUCAAUUCGCAAACGCGACUUUGACCGAGGCGUUGAAGCUCUGAAGACUCUGAUCAGCAAAGCAAGACCGGAUACUCACUACGCAGCCAUAACAUUCUCGGAUAAAGCCACGGUCUCUUUUGAUUUCACCGAUCCUUGGACAGCGAAACACUAUCUGCGCAGUAGAGUAAAUUUUAUCGGCGACAAGACAAACACCCAAGAAGCAUUCUUAAAAUGCCGAACUGAACUCUUUCAGAACAAAAAUUCCAAGCUUCGUCCAGGAGCUAAAAAGCGCGUUCUUCUACUCACUGAUGGGAGCUCCAAUGUAAACGUUCACUUCACCUUGUUUCGUGCAUUUCAACUCAAAAUGCUCGGCGUCGAAAUGUUCGUAAUUGGUGUUGGAAACUACAUGCCUGGGAUCCAGGAGCUGGUUGGUAUUGCCAGCACUACAAAUAGACACCUGUUUCGAGUUCGAAACACCAUGUCACUAUUGGACAUUACUCGGCUUAUUCCACCCUGGAGAUACCUUCAUCAACAUCAGCGCCCCUGGGUUAUGGAACGUUACCAAUAUGGUGAGGACAUCAAUACCUAA